UAGCUAUUGAUUGUUUGCACACAAAUACUCCGCCUAUUAUACACCGACAAAUUAACCCUGGCAAUAUUAUGAUUAAACACGAUCCCGAUGCCGGUACUUUUGUAAAGUUGGGUGGUUUUGGUUUGGCCACAGAGCACUUGAAUGAUGAUCAAUCCCAUACUGAGUGCUCGGGUGUGGACGAGUAUUUGGCGCCUGAGGUCCGUCAGGGGCGCCGAUACGACACAAAGUGCGAUAUGUAUAGUCUGGGCGUCACUGUUCAGCAUAUGUUUAACUUUGAUGCCAACACUUUGUUCCAAACUGAACAAGAAUUGGACACAAAUUACGAGAAGAUAAAGAAACUAACGUUACGUCUAUUAAAUAACGUACGAAACGGUCGGCCGUCGGCUAAGGACCUCAUUAUUAGACACAAUGAAUGGUCGAUCCCUUACGCGUCCGUUAGGGCACACGUACUGGCCAUCAUUGAACCCAACGCUUCAUAUGAUAUCGACAGACAAUUUGCUCAAUACUUUUUGAAUCAACCAAUAUGCAAAGUGUCAUAUUUUAUUAUGCUCAACAUGGUCGAAGAGAUAUUGGCGGGUCUAAUCUAUUUGCAUAAUAAGGGAAUAAUGCACCGGGAUGUAAAAGAAAGUAAUAUAUUGAUUAGAAACGAGGGUGAUGGCUGGGUGAUUAAGAUAUGCGAUUUUGAUUUAGCUAAAUUGGAAGAGUCAGCAUCAAAACACACCAUAGGGUGUGGCACUGAUUCGUAUAGAGCGCCCGAACUCAGGCAUGGAGACCUGAGCCUAUUCGCUUUUACGAACUAA